GCGUAACGAACCAGCUGGGUCGUCUUCUCCAACUCGUAGCCAAUGGGUGUCGGCUCCUACCGCUUCCUCUCUCCCAUUUUAUCCGAGACCAAACGACGCCUCUUAGCCCAAACGCCUAGCCCUCCUUGCCUUAAUCCCAUCUCGUUCCUCGGAUCCUCCCGCGCCCUUUGCUCCGCCCCCUCCUCAGAAGAGCAAAACCCUGCCCCUCCAAACCCGAACCCAGACGGAAACCCUAACCCUAGCCGUCGGACCCGCACCCCACUGGAGAAGCAAUUCGAGAGCUGGGUGGAGCGCCUUCGCCCGGGCUUCGCCGCCGACGACGUGGAGGCCGCCCUCCGUGCCCAGUCGGACCCCGACCUCGCCCUCGACCUCUUCCGGUGGACCGCCCUCCAGCGCGGCUACCGCCACACCCCUUCCGUCUACCUCGCCAUGCUCCACAUCGCCGUCACCAGCCGCCGCUUCUCCCAGGCCGAGGCCCUCGUCGACGAGAUCCUCGCCGGCGCCUGCCCCCCCGACCUCGCCCUCUUCAACGCCGCCAUCCACUUCUGCUGCUCCCGCCGCCACCUCUUCUCCCGCGCCUUCGACGUCUUCAAGAAGAUGCAGCAGCGCCACCGCGAUGCCUCCGCCGCCGCCUGCUGCCGCCCCAACCUCCAGACCUACUCGAUGCUCCUCGGCGCCAUCCUCCGGCGGUUCAACAAGCCCCCGGUCUCCUACGUCUACCUCCACGCGGUCCGGUCGCUGGUCCGGCAGAUGAAGGCCUCGGGGGUCAUCCCCGACACCUUCGCCAUGAACCUGAUCAUCAAGGCCUACUCCAGGUGCUUGGAGAUGGACGAGGCCAUCCGGGUCUUCAAGGAGAUGGGCCUCUACGGGUGCGAGGCCAACGAGUUCACCUACGGCUACAUUACCAAAGGGUUGUGCGAGAAAGGGAGGAUCGAUGGAGGAAUGGGGUACUUCAAAGAGAUGAGGGAGAAGGGAUUGGUGCCGAGCAGCAGCGUCUACAUGGCACUGGUCAGCAGUCUGGCACUGGAGAGGAGGUUCGAGGAGGCGAUCAAGGUGUUGUUCGAUAUGCUCGCGAAUUCGAUGGCCCCCGAUAUGUUGACAUACAGGACCCUGCUCGAGGGCUUGUGCAGGGAAGGGAGGACGGAGGAGGCGUUCGAGCUGCUCGAGGAAUUGGGGAGGAGGGGGGCGAUGAACCGGAGAAUGUACUCCGAUUUGCUGGAUGGGCUGCAUUGGCUCUGCCAGCCUCAUGAUUAGUUGAAAAUUCGAACAUGGCGUUGGAUUCCUCUCUCAUUUGCUUGCUCAUCUCAAAAAGAAAGAUUGAUGGUUUGCCCUUACUAUUCUGUUCUAGUUGGGAUAUCAUCUACUUUGACUCUUGAGAGACGACAGUUUGCAGCUACAAUUGGAGCUGUGUCCAGAUGGGGUUGUACACAGUUGAAUAACUACCGCCGAGCUGAAGCUGCUGUAUCCGUAAUCGAGGUCAUGGUUUGGGAGCAGAUGUUGGAAUAAGAUCUGGAAAACCAGAUAAAAAGUGUUAUAGAGAGAGGUUUGAUGAUGAAACUAGAAUUCGGUGAUACAUGGUGGCUGCUCUGGUUAAUAAUUUGAUAGGAAUUUGUACGGCCUGGCAGAUUCGGUAAGCCCACUGCUGCUAGGACCUAUAUUGGUCAUGUCAGCUUCUACAAAAUCUGGAUGAUUCGGACGUCUGCUUGGUCUUCUGCACUAUGCAGCGCUCUUUCAAGGUUUCCGUAGGGAUGCAUUGGCCAAUUAUGAGAAGGGAGUCAGAGUCAUUUCGAGUAAAAUUUGAUCCUUUGAGAAGACCGCAUUUCUCCCAAUCUGUCUUCAGGCAUUUUCUCCAUCUCGUAUUCUGCCGGAGCUCUUUCUCGCGACAAGCUGCUGUCAAACGUUUCCGCUUUUCCGCUCUUUUGAGAAGCCAAUGGGGCAGCCAACUGGGUGGCUACCUUCGCGGCUCAUCAUUCAGGAUACACCCUGUGGGUGGGGAAGGGGGAGCUGCCUCUGGCUCUCCGUGAGUUAGUAUUUUUUGACUUUAUUGGAUGUAUUCGUACACGUUUUGUAUGAAAACCCGCUUUUAGCAAAAAAAAAAAAAAAAAAUCAAAUAGUUCCCGUAAAUUAUCUGACAUACAUUUUGUACUACUAUGGUCUAUGAGUUGAGGAUGGAGGAAUUUAUGCAAAUUAAACUUUGUAAUGUUACUUUAUUUUCGAAAUUUUCAGGGUUUUAUUUUGACAA